AUCGUUGAAGUCAACCGUAGUUGUGACAGUUCAAAGUUAAGCAGCUGAAAAGUCCAACUGCUCGUCCCGACUUCCUAUAUACCAUCCACCCAUCCGCGUCUCAUUUUCAUUAUUAAUUUCCAAUCCUCCGAAUUCAAUGGCAACCGAGAUGGCUUCAUCUUCCACAAUCCCGCCGGAGAUGAGCGACGAGGAGUCCUCGCUUCAGCAAAUCGAAGAGUGGGCGAAGAAGAAGCGCUCCAAGCGCAGCCGCCUCUUCGAUCGCCGGCCCACAGAAGAAGAGUAUCUGGCCUGGUGUCUAGUCAUGCUCGCCCGCGGCGGACCCCGCCCGCCCCUGUUGACCGAGACAGUUGCGCCGGCGAAGCUGGAGCACAAGUGCUCCGUAUGCGGAAAGGCCUUCGCCUCCUACCAGGCCCUCGGAGGUCACAAAGCCAGCCACCGGAAGCCCACCACCGACGAGCCCCCGCUCGCCGCCACGUCCACCGGAUCUUCCUCGGCCGGCACUGCGGGAGGAGGAAAGGUGCACCGGUGCUCGGUAUGCCAGAGGACAUUUCCGUCAGGGCAGGCGCUUGGCGGGCACAAAAGGUGCCACUACGACGGAAGCCUGGUUAGCGGCAUGGCGACGGCGUCGGAGGGCGCGGGCUCGAGCCAUCGGGGAUUCGAUCUCAACAUGCCUGCUCCGCCAGAGAUCGAGUUCGACCGUGUCACGCGUUGCUUGACGGCGACGGUGGCGACCGAGGAGGAGGAGGAGGUGCUGAGUCCGCUGGCUUUGAAGAAACCCAGACUCCUCAUUCCGGCUUAAUUGAUCCAUCGAGCUAGUGAUAUAUUUAUUUAUUUAUUUAUUAUAUUUAUUAUAUUUUUAAUUGAAAAUAAAUUAAUACACAUUUCAAAUUAGUUCUUUGUAGAGAGAAUUAUUCAUUCAUUGAAUUGAUUGUAGUACAUGCUUGAUGAUGAAAUUUCAUCAUCUCACUUUAUUAUUUUUGUAUUGUGUAA